AUUAGGCAACCAACGUGGGAAGACAAGGAGCCCCCAAAUGUUAAAAUACGAACCCAGCCUCAGCUGGGGAUGACGACGCAUAUUACGGCGUACAUACAGACACAGCAGGUAACUAGCUACCUAUUAUCAACUCGUAACUAUGGGACAAAACCACAAGCAGAAUAUAUCAGCUCAGUCAGAGGCAGCAAAAUCAAGGGCAGAGCAAGGCGUGGUCACCGCUACCGCUACCGCUACCGCUCCCCUGCUACUAGACGAAUACAUACGGCGAGUCGUCGGCUCCUCUUAUUCUUAUUCCUCCAUUUUCCCAACACAGCAUAGAUCAUCAUCGUCGUCAUCAUCAUCGCCUGCGAUCCUCGAGCGCGGCCGCACGAACCACGUCCUGCUGUACAACGGGUGCUUCAACCCGCCGCACCGCGGACACCUCGCGCAGCUGGUCCACGCGCUGCGGCACGCGGGCCCGGGAAUGCAUGUCGUGGGCGCCGUGGUCCUCGUCGCGGACGACGCGUAUCUCAAGUGGAAGCUUGCUGCUGGGCAGCGCGGCGCGCUGCUUCUCGGGCUGGAGCAGCGGAUUCGGCUCUGGGACGAGGAGCUUGCGCUGGUGGAGGAGGGGGCGCGGUGCUGGGUGCUCCCGGAGGUGAUGUGGCCUCAGUACGCGGAUGGACUAGAGGGGCGGUUUGAGAGGGAUGGGGUUGAUGUUGAGUUUGUGAGGCUUGCUGGCGGCGAUAAGGUAAGUGUUGCGGCCGUAGAGCACGGGGUGUGGGGGUGUCGGGAUAUAAUCACCUCGGACGUUAGUCGGCCUGUUGAUUUCUACUCUGGCGGUGUCGGCGAUGUUGCUUUGCCGAUGCCGCUGCGCCGUCAUGGUGAAUGGAAGAAGGUGGUGGGAGAGAUGCAGGGGGAGAAGGAUGGAAGGGAUGAAGAGGUUGUCAGUAGUGAGACGCUCACGACUGAGUCGACGAUUAUAUCGUCAUCUUCAACUUCGACAUCCGCCCCUCAAACUAGCACAACAACUGCCAUCACACCACAAACUAGCAGAAGCGUAUGGACCUGCGGCCAUGGCCCAAGCGGCAGCUAUCAUAACGUCCGGUUCAUCGCCAGCAGCCACGACGAGCGCGUCGACCCGGACCUAAGCUCGACCAAGAUUCGCGGUAUCAUAGCCGCCGGCAAGAAGCUCGACGUUGGCCAGCUCGAACAGAGACUACGGGGUAUAGCGCUUAGUCCGUGGCUGUUAGCACGGUAUAUUAAGGAGGGCUCCUAGGUAAGGAGGUAUGUGCGAGCCAUAGGUAAGGACAACAUCUGCAUUAAG